AUGAACGAUAUCGAAAGGCGACCAUCAUCGGUACGUAUGGGUCGUCGUUUUACGCUUAAUCCAUUAAUAUUUGCUAAGGAAGAACGCGAUGCCAGACGACAGUCGUUGGCUCAACUUAAAUUAUCGUACUAUCCCAAGAAUGCCCAUCGUAGUUCAGCUAUUUGCUUACCUUGCAUAAGUUCAAACUCUUUAGUUUUUUUUGUAUUUGCUCCAUUUUUCGAAAUCGCAUGA